AGGCGCUGGAGCGUGGAACCAGAGAGAGCUGCGGAGAGCUGCCAGCUGCACCGGGUGUGUUCCGCAGCUGUAGGCACCUGUCGUCCUGCCUUCGAUGGCUCCUCCCUCCGUCCCCCUGGUCCUCCUCCUCGUCCUCUUGCUGAGCCUGGCAGAGACUCCAGCAUCCGCACCUGCCCACUGGGGACGAGGAGGCUGGACCCUCAAUAGUGCUGGCUACCUUCUGGGUCCCGUCCUCCACCUUCCCCAAAUGGGUGACCAAGACGGAAAGAGGGAGACAGCCCUUGAGAUCCUAAACCUGUGGAAGGCCAUCGACGGGCUCCCCUACUCCCACCCUCCACAGCCCUCCAAGAGGAACGUGAUGGAGACGUUUGCCAAACCAGAGAUUGGAGAUCUGGGCAUGCUCAGCAUGAAAAUUCCCAAGGAGGAAGAUGUCCUGAAGUCAUAGAUGUCUUCAAAUCCCUGUUCCUAUCCUUCUUCUCCAGCUCCUCCUGCUCCCUCUGAAACCUUUUCUAGGUACCCUAUGCUGAGACUAAGAUCCUGAAGUUAAAUACCCAGGUCUCAUGAAGACAUUGUAAAGCAUUUGAAUUAUUCUAAAAAAUUUCUGGAGUUUCCUAGGUCUUAUUGAUUCAUCCUUGAAAUCAGUAUAACGUGUUAUUAAUGGAACCAAUAGUAAUUCGAGGACUAGUUGGGAGAUUCUGGGGUAAUCAGGGAAUAUUCCUGCAACACAUUUAAAGGAAUUGUGUUCUUUUGGAAUCAUCCCAAUUAUAACAUGAGCUAUUGCAUAAUACAAAUAACCCUCUUAAGUCUGAGAGUCUGUGUCUUUAUUUGAAAAGAUUCUUCAAAUUGCGUACUUACUCCUCCAUAUUCUUUCAACCCACAUGAGUCUCCUCGAGAAGUGAGGAGAGGCAGUUUGGAGCAGAAUGGAGAGAAUAAAAUGUUUCUUGUCAAAC